GCGCAUGACCAGUGCCACUAGUGUGCUUUGAAACCAGUCCAGAAAGUCCACAAAAAUCCAGCCCUCCCUGCAAAACUUAGCCCACACAGGUUCUCAUAACCAAAGGUAGACCUUCUGAGACUCUCUCUGAGAUGUAAGGCUUUAAAUCAUUCCAAUGCGCCGCAUUUGGGAUUUGCGCGCGCUUUCCUUUACCCGGGCAGGGACAAUUUUGUGAAGAUCCAUCGAGCAAAUAAAAUAUGAGGAACACAGUUUUUAGAGUUUUGGUGCUUUUUUCCUUUGGCUUAAGAAGCUGCGUUUUGCAGGCUGUUGACGGUGAGCUGCGCUCUGGGUCCAGAGAAGCAGCACGCGGGCAUCCGGCAGGUGUCUCGCGCCUGGCGAUACGAUGGAGCGGUAACGGGCGCGUGUAUAACCUACUGAGCCACGGCUCUGAAUAUCUACCGGCGCGCCGACGAGGCAACGUGGCUGCGAUCAGACCUGCGCUGGUGAUCCGAGAAUCAAACGAGACCGUGCCGAGUCGCCCGAGCGCGCACACCAAACCCGACUCCCGAGCGCACACAGAAAGCACGCACUCCGACAGUGGAGACGUGAUGAUGGCAGAUCAUCCAUACGACCCUUACAAGUCCCUCCGCAACGACCUCUACAACCCCUACUACAACUAUUACGACUCUUACUACCAGCCGCGCUACAGGAGCAGAGUUAGACCUGGCUAUGGCACAAGGUUUUUCCAGCAUGGGCUUCCAGAUCUGAUUCCAGACGCGUAUUAUGUGCAAACUUCCACUUAUAUACAGAGAGUGCCAAUGUACAACCUUAGAUGUGCAGCUGAGGAACACUGCUUGACAAGCUCAGCUGCGCAUGCGCGGGACUACGACACACGCGUCCUGCUCAGGUUUCCCCAGCGUGUGAAGAACCAGGGUACUGCUGACUUUCUCCCCAGCAGACCACGAUACGCCUGGGAAUGGCACAGCUGCCACCAACACUAUCACAGCAUGGAUGAGUUCUGCCAUUAUGAUCUCCUGGAUGCUUCCACCCAGAACAAAGUAGCUGAAGGCCACAAAGCCAGUUUCUGUCUGGAAGAUACCUCCUGUGACCCUGGCUACCAUAGGCGCUAUGCCUGCACAUCACACACUCAGGGUCUGAGCCCAGGAUGUUAUGACACCUACAAUGCAGACAUUGACUGCCAGUGGAUUGACAUUACUGAUGUCAAACCUGGAAAGUACAUUCUUAAGAUAUCUGUGAAUCCAAGCUACCAGGUUCCAGAGUCAGACUUUAGCAAUAACAUAAUGCGCUGUGACAUUCAGUAUACGGGCAAUUAUGUUCAUACAUCCGGGUGCAGUAUAUCUCAGUACUGAUUGCAGAGUGUUGUCAUCAAACUCAAAAUAUCAGUCAUUAAAAAACAAAAACUCCUCACCCACCGCAAGCACAAGCACAGAUGCCUGAUGGGGAAGUCAAGGGGUACAACGUACAAUCCUGUUAUUAUUAAUACAUCAAAAUGUAUGUAAAGGCAAUUACAAAAAGUUAAAUCACAGGUACAGUACAGUACAUUGGUAGAAAGGUUCUAAGUAAAACCAUACAACAUUGUGUUUCAUUUAGCAGAUGUAUAAUAUAAUAUAAAUAAAAUUACAUAAAAGUGAAUCAGAAAUCAGUUAAGAAUAGAAAAUAAUAUUCUGGCCGGAGGUUAUAUAAUAUUAUCUCAUUGUUGUAGUUAAAAUGGAAAGAUGGGGAAACAUUUUAUUCUUAUUAGUGAUAAUGUGCUAUGUAUUACACCAAAUCUAUUCUCUGUCAAAUGUCAAAUAUAAAUUUUCCCCUUUUUGUAAUAUAGUAUUUUUAUAACACAACUCAUUUUUGGUUAUUUAUCCAUUAGUAUUAUAAUCAAAUAGUAAAUGUUCUAUAUGAAUACUUAAAUUGUAAAUCAUAUCUUUUCUGAUUUUCUCUGUAUGAAUUCUUCACUACUGCAUUAUUUAAUCAAAUAUAUCACUAAUAUUAUCUUUGCAGUGGUUAGGGCUAGUUCACCAGUUGUUUAUAUUCUGAGUAACUAUUUAUUUACAUGUAUUUUGCAGAGAAAUGGGUUACAACUUUUGGGUUAUGGGUUAUAACUUUUAAAAAUUUGAAUGAACUGAAUUAAAAUCUAAUAUUAAAUCUGAA